AUGGCGCCCCAACGGCUGCGGCAGUUCUCAGGGUCUCAGCCAAUCCUGGCCGGGGGCGGGGGCGGGCCACGGAAGACCAUCACCCUUGAGGUUGAACCCAGUGACACCAUCGAGAAUGUCAAAGCCAAAAUCCAAGACAAGGAGGGCAUCCCACCUGACCAGCAGCGUCUGAUAUUUGCGGGCAAACAGCUGGAGGAUGGCCGCACCCUUUCGGAUUACAACAUUCAGAAAGAGUCCACCCUGCACCUGGUGCUUCGUCUGCGAGGUGGCAUCAUCGAGCCUUCCCUCCGCCAGCUCGCCCAGAAAUACAACUGUGACAAGAUGAUCUGCCGCAAAUGUUAUGCUCGCCUGCACCCCCGUGCUGUCAACUGCCGUAAGAAGAAGUGCGGCCACACCAACAACCUACGCCCCAAGAAGAAGGUCAAAUAA